UUUCGCUUUACAUAAAAAAUGUGAAAUUUUGUCAUAUAGAUGACUUAUUUUAGGAGAUCAAAAUUGCAAAAGGAAAUUGUUUUAACUGGAUAUUAUGGCAUCCUUGAUGAAAAUUUAUGUAGGUGUUUUGUCCCGAUUAUUGAACAAUGCCUCUUCGUGUUUCUGCAAAUCUGUUUCAUACGCCACAACAGAAAAAUAUGAUGUUAUUGUUGUUGGAGGAGGUCAUGCGGGAUGUGAAGCAGCACAUGCAUCUGCCCGGAUGGGUUGUUCAACAUUACUGCUGACUCAUAAGAUUUCAACAAUUGGAGAGAUGUCUUGCAAUCCAUCAUUUGGGGGAAUUGGUAAAGGACAUUUAAUAAAAGAAAUUGAUGCACUCGAUGGUGUUUGUGGGCGAAUUUGUGAUAAAUCAGGCAUUCAUUAUAAAAUAUUAAAUCGAACUAAAGGGCCAGCUGUGUGGGGACCACGUGCACAGAUUGAUCGUGGAAUGUAUAAAAAUCAAAUGCAAGAAGAGAUUUUGAACACGAAUAACUUGACAGUUAUGGAAAGUAGUGUCGACAAUCUAAUAAUUGAUAAAACGGAUUCAAAUGAGAAACUCAAAAUUACUGACUCUAUUUCAAAGUGUUCAGGAGUUAUUCUCGAGAAUGGGCAACAAAUUUCAAGUACUUGUGUUGUAUUGACUACAGGAACAUUUCUUAGGGGUCAAAUAAAUAUUGGGCUUGAGCGAGUGCCAGCUGGACGUAAAGGAGAUGCACCUGCGAUAAAAUUGGCUGAUACUCUCGAAAAUUUAGGAUUUAAAAUUGGGAGGUUAAAAACUGGAACACCUCCCAGAUUACUAGCAAGUUCUGUGAAUUUCAAACCAUUUACUACUUGGAAACCUGACAGUUUUUCUCAUCCAUUUUCAUUCAUGAAUGAAAACGUGUGGAUAUCACCAGAAAAUCAACUUGAUUGUUAUACAGUGCCAACAGGCGCUAAAGUUAAAGAUAUUGUGCACAAAACAUUACACCUUAAUUCACAUGUCAACGAAGAGAUAAAUGGCCCAAGAUAUUGCCCAUCAAUUGAAUCUAAGAUUCUAAAAUUUCCAGAUAGAACACAUAUGUUAUGGGUUGAGCCUGAGGAACUGGAUACUAAAAUAUUAUACCUACAAGGUUUUUCUUGCACAAUGCCAGAAGAGUAUCAACUUGAGGCCGUUCGGUCUAUAGGGGGUUUGGAAAAUGCGGAAAUCACACAGCCAGGUUAUGGGGUGGAAUAUGAUUAUAUGGAUCCAAGGCAGAUAACGCCAGCCUUAGAAACAAAGAAGGUGCAAGGAUUAUUUUUUGCUGGUCAAAUAAAUGGUACUACAGGUUAUGAAGAAGCAGCUGCCCAGGGUAUAAUUGCUGGAAUCAAUGCUGGACGAAAGUCACAAAGAAAACCAUUUUUCUAUCUAAACAGAUCAGAUGGAUACAUCGGUGUGCUCAUUGAUGAUUUAACUACUCAUGGCACCAAUGAACCAUACAGAAUGUUUACAAGUCGUGCUGAGUUUCGACUGUCGCUGCGGCCUGACAAUGCGGAUACGAGAUUAACUUUGAAAGCUUAUGAAGAAGCAGGCUGUGUUAGCGAAAAAAGAAAGCUAAAGACCGAGAAAACUCAAUGUAUUUUAACAGAAUCCGAACAGUUCCUUAAAACUGUAAAAAUGAAGAUUAGAGAGUGGAGUAAAAUUAUAAAUGUUGAAAAUAUUUCAGCUACUCGUGCUAUCUCUGCUUUCGAAUUACUUUCACAAUUCACUGGUGUUACUCCAAUGCAUAUUUACAAAACAUUUCCAAAUGAAUUAAAGCCUGUCAUUGAAAAUAAGUUAUUGCAAGAAAGACUCGAAACUAUUUCGCUUUAUGAUAGAGUUGUCCACAGACAACUACAAGAAAUAGAAGAAUUGAAAAAAGAAGAAAAUAUUAUGAUUCCAGAAAAUUUUGAUUAUUCAAAAAUUGUACUCAAAGUUGAAUUAUGUGAAAAACUAGCCCAGUCAAGGCCAGUGAAUAUUGCUGCAGCUAGCAGGAUACAAGGCAUGACACCAACUGCUUUAAUAUAUUUAAUAAAUUAUAUCAAAAAUUUUCGAUAUUCUUAAAUUGAAAGAAAGAAUCUUCAUAAUUUUACCAAAUUCUGGAAUUUAUCUUUAUGUAAAAAAAUGUGAUGUGUGCUGUGAAAUAUUGCAUAACUUGCCUUUUAUUUACAUAUUUCCACUGGCGUGACAAUCAUAUUUAUUAAAACUGUUCUAACUCAAUCAAUUGUGACCUUUCUUUUGUUUGAUGUUGAGUUACUGUUAUCAAGGAAACUACUGUUCUAAACAAGUUUUUCAAAAAACAAAUUCAAUACCACUUAGCUGAUCUCUCUAUAACGCAUCUGGCAUCACACCAUCGUCACUUUUUUGCUUCAACAUGCGUAUCUGUUUAUUUUUCAG